AGAGCAAAAUUGAAUUGGGCUAGGGAGAGAAUGUUAAGGUUUUAAUUUAAGAGAAAUAAUAAGGUUUGAAGGGAAUAAAUUGGGACGAUUUACUUCUUACACCUGCGAUGAGGGUUUAACAAGUGUACAAUUUUAUUUAAAACCAAUUAUUUAAUUCAUUAGCCCCAAUUAUUUAUAUCUUUAAAGAGUAACGGAGUACAAUUAUAUAUCUAUUACAUAGAGCCGGAAAUGACUUUGGCAGUUGUUACAAUCUAAAAAUUUUAUUUUCAACAAUAAUCAUCUAUGGACUUUGCUUUGUUUACUUUGUGUGAUUAGGCAUGCAGUAAUAAAUUAGCCCGUAAUCAAAUGGAAAAUAAUAAUGUUUCAAGCGUUAUGGAUGGCACGGAGAUGAAGCUGGAGCCAUCCAGCCCCACAGAGAUGUUUCCCUUCUCCCGCAGCAGCAGCACGGGCUCGCUGCACAUGUCAUCCUCCGCGCAUAACACAGACGAUGAAGACAGCGACAACAAGAACACCACGGUGAGCUACAAGGAGCGCCGGAGGGAGGCACACACGCAGGCGGAGCAGAAGCGUCGCGAUGCCAUCAAGAAGGGGUACGACACCUUGCAGGACUUGGUGCCCACGUGUCAGCAGACCGACAGUUCCGGCUACAAGCUCAGCAAGGCCACCGUGCUGCAGAAGUCCAUUGAUUACAUUCAGUUCCUGCUGCAGCAGAAGAAGAAGCAGGAGGAAGAUCGCAACGCACUGCGCAAGGAGGUGGUGGCACUACGCAUCAUGCAGGCCAACUACGAGCAGAUUGUGAAGGCACAGCACUCGCAGCCGGGCCAGGCGGAGACCCGCGUGUCCGACGACACCAAGUUCCAAGUGCUGCAAGCGCUGAUGGAUCAGCUGUUCCAGUCGUUCAGCAGCAUACCCAUGAGCAACUUCUCGGAACUGUCGGGAUCAGUGUUCAGUUGGCUGGAGCAGCACUGCAAGCCUCAGACGCUGCACAGCCUGGUGGUGGGCGUGCUGCACCAGCUCAACACCCAGGUCCAGAGCAGCGCGCGGUAGAGCACGCUCGCCGCUCCCCGUGUCUCCAGGGUGCCGAGUCCUUGUUUGCUUUGUGUCCACACACGUCCUGGCUUUCCCGACCACAAUUUCUUAUUCCCCUGGGUUUUUUUUUAUAAAUUACCAUAUAACUAUUGAGCAAUUUUCUGAAAGAAAUAAAGAAAAUCCAGUCUCCACAUUCCAUAUCUGGCAUACAAUAUCAUGUAUGCCUAAGCAAUACCUCAAAAAAAAAAAAAAAAAUCUGGGCUGUAUUUUGGACUACAGCCGCCAGGGGUUUGUUCAAUAAAUUUCUAUCAUGCUGAAUGAGAAUUAUAUUUGAAUUGUGAGUUUGGCAGCUGAAAAAAAGUUGCGACAUCAAACCGCAACAAACUUGGUCCGUCUUCACAACCACUGGCUCAACUGACCAUCAGAGAGCAUAUCCACGUCCAUUACCAAACAAGUUUCUACAUAUCCCAUUGCUUUUCACUAGGUUGACGGCUGAGGCUCGUUCAAGCACAAAUUACACACCUAUUUCGGGGACUCGUUUUGCCCCACUGGCUCAUUUCUCCCAAUCUUAAAUUCACAAGUCACAACUGCAGUGUUGCCAAGGCUGACAAGAUGUUAUCAAACUGAUAUGACUUUUUUUGCUAUACAAUUAUUUUGCUUGAAAUUAAUUUUUGUACACACACACACACAUAUAUAUAUUUGUAAUUUUAGUUAAUUUAUUAUGAUUAAAACAGUGGCAUUAUUAAAUGUAUCAGGUGUCUUAAUACCCAGCUAAGAUCAUAGUAGAAUCUAGUAAUAAAAAUCAAAGUUUAAUCUAUUGAAUGAAAUUUCAAUUCAAAUGAAAGUGGAAAAUUAGAAACCACUCGAACCCUAUCAUGUUCGUUUUAAGACUGGGCUGCAAUCAACACAAACAUUUAUUCAUGGAUAGGUAUAGUGCAGCAGCCUGGGAGGCUAUUAGCACAAAGCUAGUAAUAGCCCCCCUGGCUACAGUGGAUCUAAACUAAAAGCCACUAUUUUUUGUGUUUAGUUUGAAAGGAAUAAAUGAAUCUUUAAUUGGUAAUGUGUAAUCAUAUGUUAAAUUUUAAUGUUUAGAAUUAAAAUCCAUAACAGCAUGAGAUUUUUGGAAAGAAAUGCAGUUUUUUCCCCCCAUUUUAAAAGUGAGCAUAAUAAACAAAAAUGAUAUUCAGCAAACACUAGUUAACACACACACACACCUUUUGAAUAAAGUUUUGCCAUUACAAAGCCAUAUCGACAUUCAGAGCUUCUGACUGGCUGGAAAUUUUGCACUGAAUUGGUGAUAACCCAGUAUUAAGCAACAAUUAAACCUAUAGCAACCUCUAAUACUGUAACAUGCAUGUGUUGAUUGUGUUUGGACCUAUUAUCUUAAUUUGGACAUUGUGAAAAAUUUAUGUCAAAAGGUAGGACAUGAUUCAUACUAAGGAUAAGAUAGCAGAUAUGAAAUGAAAGAAGCCAUCUUGGUUUUAAUCAUUUUAGGCUUUAACACCCUUAAAAUUAAUCAUUGAAAAUUUGUCUUCUUUAAAGUAUAGUACAGGUGGUCCAUAAAAGAAUGUACCAGUGUCAGUGUAUAUUAUAACAGUUUAAUUUAUAAUUUAUACCUUUUAAAACAAAUUAUACAUCAGAACAUCACACAUCCAACCUAAAGUCCAAUUCUUCCCACACUUUGGUUAACACGUCUGGAGUAAAGGAAGCAAUAGCAUGUUCAGUUCUGUGUCUCAACUCAGGCAAAUCAUUAGGUAGGUAGCGACGGAACGUAGAUACAAUCUUUUAUAAAGCCCCAAAGAAAAAUAUUGCAUGGAAUUAUGUCAAUUGAUCGUAGAUGCGAGCGAAAAAGAGCUCUGUCGUUUUGACCAUCAUGACCAAUCCGAGGUCAGGGACUUCAAUGUUCAACCACCCUAGUACACAGAGAUUUCAAUGCAGAGAGGCUCCAACCCGUUGCCAAAUAAAGUUUACAGGUUCACCCUCUAAUAAUCAGGGAAAGAGCCAUUCUUUCGCGCUACAAGCGAGAAAACAACAAAGCAGUACUCGCGCAUGCGCUUAUCUAAAACUGUUGAGUUAGGUACUCUUUAAUUGUGACCUUGAACCAACAUACUAAAAGGCUUACUGUUAUAACUGGGACAUUCUGUUAUGGAUACUGUACAGUGAAAGGUAUUUAAUCUGGCAGUCUAUUGUUCGGCACAUUCUGAUCCGGCAUCAAUCAAAUUGCUCGCGUUUAGAUUUUUCCAUGUGGAUGCCAGCUGUUUACUUGGGCCACCAGGUUGCAUUUCUUGCUCUGAGUUUAUCAUUGCUGUUGGUUUUAUUUCAGUGCUUUAUUUCCUGUUUUCUGUUGGACUGAUUAUAUUUCCCACUAGCCACUGUACCCGUGCUUCACUUCGGGAGUCUAUAGGCGGAAUACUUUUGCCCCUCCUCGUGUACACCACUGCCGCUAAACCAUGGAUUUACAGAAGCCAUAAGCCCAUUGCAAUGUAGAUGAAGAAAGCAUCCACAAUGCAAUCUUGAAAAAUAUAAAAAAAAAUACAAAAACUGCUUCAAGGGGUGGUUUACUGGUUUUCUUGAAAUCUCACCUAUGUUGUGUUUCAAAGGUCAAGUGUGCAAAGUUUUAACUCAAUGCUGUCAUGCGUGCACACUCAUACAACGAAAAAACACAAAUUGCAGCUAUAUUAUAUGAAAUACACACAUUUGUUGAAACGACUUCUGUGCCACAUGUUGUAAAAUGGUUAUACUGAUUCAGAAACCUUUGCGGAUAUGCGCACAACUCACCUAAGUUUCCACGUAAUGAGGUGAAUCGUUUAGGAAUGCAUAUGGGACAAACUAACAUCCGUUUAUAUAUGUGUGUGUGUGUAUCUUAGAGUUAAAUUUCCGUAGUAAUUUUAUUGAACGAGACAGACAAACUUCUAUUUUUUUUGUCAAUAGAUCAGCUUAUAACAAAUUGUUUUAAAUACCACUGUACAGUUGGUUAAUUUUGCUUCGAUUUGUCCAUAAAACUGCAUUGGCGUUUGAUAAUUCGGCAAACUUGCUAAUCCGGCAUGGGUGCUGACUGUUCUGGAAUAAAGUUGCAAAAAAUAGUGUCACCUGUGGAGCAAUUGACAUUUAGUUUAAAAUUCAUUUUUGAGAAUGACUACAGCUUUAGUCUAAAUAACAGUGUCAGAAAAUCACAUGCAUGUUGUUUGCUUUAAUGAAGACAAUAUUAUGAUACUCUAUAAAAAAAUUGUUAUGGACUAAAAGCUGUUGAAACCAGGAUGGUGUGUUUCAAUUCUAAUCUCUCCCCCUGAAAGCUGCAAGGUAGGGCAGCCCAAAUUAAUGGCAGGCGUAUAAUUAGAAUUGUGAUAAGCCGAUGCAGCAGCUAUUGCAGAACUGUUUACAAGAAAUGUAACAUGUACAGUAUCAUUGAUUAUUGUUAUGUAGGUGGCUUAGAACAAUUGUGAUAUCAAAUAGCAUAUUGUUGUCUGUUGACAUUAUAAACACAUUAGAAGGCAGGUGGUACCUAUUUAUUGGUGCAUAAGUUACAUGAAUGUUUGUAUUGUCUCUAUUAUACCAUUUAUGGAUUUAAAAAUUUUAAAAGUGUUUUAAUAUAGGUUAUAUUGUAGAGAGUUUGCAGUACAUUUUACCAUUAAAAGAUGUAUUUUA